CAUUGAUGAUAUAAUGCAUGCUCCCUUCUUCCUCUUUCAACCUUCCUCCCUUUUAAAUCUCGCUAUGCUCUCAAAUCCUUGUUAUCCCUCUCUUUUCCUCGCUAAAACCUUUCACUCGCCGGCCCCUUUUGUUCUUCAUCAAGGAGCAAGAUAUACGAAUCAUGGCGCAACUAUGGACGAUCCUUACGCAACUCUACGCGAUUGCAGGGCCCUGCGUUAUGCUAUUAUACCCUUUAUAUGCGUCGGUGGAGGCAAUAGAGAAUCCAUCAAAGGUGGAUGAUGAGCAGUGGCUGGCUUACUGGAUCAUAUACUCCUUCCUGACCUUGUUUGAGAUGGUUGCAGAGCACUUACUGGCACGGAUGCCCAUAUGGUACACGGUAAAAUUGAUGUUUGUGACAUGGCUGGUGCUACCUCAGCUGAGGGGAUCAACCUUCAUUUACAACAAGGUUGUGAGGAAACAACUGAGGCAGUAUGGAUAUGGUCCCCAUGGAGCACAAAAGAAGGCAGCGAAGGAAGUUAGUAAUCUCUCCUCACCUAAUAAGGUUAGGAACAUUCGGCUUGCUCGCUCGAAAAAGAAAAUAAAGUUUAAGAUCCAUUCAAAUAUUUUGGAUUUGGAGGAAAAGAAGCAGAAAGUUAUUGAAGGGGGUGUAUCAGCUGAUGCAGUAAGAGUUUGUACAGUUUGCAAUGUAGUUUGCAACAGUGCUAAAGUUUUUGCCGCUCACCUUUCAGGAGAAAAACAUGCUCUUAAGGCCCUCGGAACAAGUUAUCCGACCAUGGCACCAAAAGUUAUGGCCCAUAUAAAAAAAACAAGCUACGCCAAGAAGUCAGCAUUUCAAACCUUUACAUGUGAAGUCUGUAAGAUAGACUGCAACGGCCAACAAACCCUAUACACUCACAAAAUGGGCAAAAAACACAAGGCAAAUCUGCAAAAUUUGCAGGAAAAAACCACCCCAAAGCCAUCUGCAGCUUCUGCUGGCCAUAAUGAAACUGCAAAUCUGGAAUCACUGAAGAAAAAACCUUCAGGUAAAGAGGGUGUGCAGGUCGAGAGGGAAAAGGUUGUUCAAGGAGGUGAUGCUGAAGAAUCCAUAAUGAUUUGCAAUCUUUGUGACAUUGCUUGCAACAGUAAAGCCGUAUAUGAGUUGCAUGUUAACGGGAGGAAACAUCUUUCCAUGAUUAAGAAGCAGGAGACUCGAGUUUGACCCAGUUUGCUUGUCGCCGAAAGUUCACGGUCACUAAUGGUUAGUACUUACUAAGGCGGUUCACUAUCUAUGGAGUUUUAUAGGCAUCUCAAGUGCAACGGUCACUAAUGCUUUUUUCCACCUUUUUUGUAGGAUUAUUUUCCAUUAUGUUUACAUCAGGGUUUGAUUUGUAUCAGAAAAUAUUUAUGUAUUUUUGCUGGUUUAAAUAAUAGUAUUUUGGGGGGAUUUACAUACA